CUCAAGCUGAACAGAACCUACAGACUACCACCUGUGAUUCCUUCUCUGACAGGAACAGAUUACCAUGGAGAAGUUGGCCGUCCUUCUGCUUCUGAGUGCUGCCAUUGCACUGGGCGACGCAAACCUGACCCAGCUCCUUGGUUUAGAACCCUUACUGAAGACUGAGGUGGAACAGACUCCUCCUGUCGAGGUUCAGGUAGCAGCAGUGCGGGAGGGGAUAAAGGAAAGUUCAUGUCCCUCAGACUGGCACCCAUAUGGAUCACGCUGUUUCAAGUUUGUCAGCAUUCCACAGUCAUGGUCAGAUUCGGAGCAAAACUGUUUGGCACUUGGUGGGAACCUAGCAUCCGUGCAUAACCUUUUAGAGUACCAGUUCAUGCAAUCACUGACAAAGGACACCAAUGGUCACCUACCUGACACCUUUAUUGGAGGUUUUGAUGCAGUCAAGGAGGGCUUAUGGAUGUGGUCAGAUGGGUCCAGAUUUGAUUACACUCACUGGAACACCGAUGAGCCCAAUAACACUGGAGGAAAAGAGAACUGUCUGCAGAUGAACGCUGCGGGUGAGAAGCUCUGGUUUGACGUGACCUGUGAGUGGAAGAUUGCAUCUCUCUGUUCCAGAAGAAUGUAGGCUAGGAAAUGACCCAGCUACUUCACCUCCACCUCCAGGGGUCAACAGGCUACUUCACCUCCACCUCCAGGGGUCAACAGGCUACUUCAACUCCCACCUCCAGGGGUCAACAGUCUACACUUCAAUACUCAAACCAAGAUCUGUCACUGACUGCAGCUCACCAACAUGACAAAUAAAACAUGUAAUCACAAAAAAGCUAGCCACCUAUCUAAUGAUUAGUUAACGAGCCAUAUCUAACAGUUAGAAAUAAUGACAGAGGAAUUUACAAGAGACAGCAAACAGCAAACAUGUAACUACCGAAGAAAAAAAUUAUUUGAAGUUCAAUGCAGACUUUUAUACUAAGUCAUGAUCUGCUGUUAGCUAGCUACUGUUUAGGUAGACUAACCUUUCAGGUUAACUGACAUUAGCUAGCUACUGUUUAGGUAGGCUAACCUUUCAGGUUAACUACCAUUAGCUAAACUUGUGAUGAAACUGUGUGAUGUUGCUAAUCCUGCUUUUGAAAUGAAAGAUAAAUGACUCUGAAUAGUUUGUUUUCUUCGUUUGCAGUUGCUUUUCAAGUUGUCAUGGCACAUCAGUUAGUCAAUGGUGAGAUUUUAUAAACUAUAAUAAAGAUAAUCUCUCAAUAACAUGAA